CGUUCCGCCGCCCCUGGGCCGCGGCCGGGGCUGCGCUCGGAGGGGCCGGGGCGGGGCGAGUUCGCGAAAACGAAAGCGAAAGGCGAGAACGGACACGGGGUCCCCGGUAGCACGGACCGAGUGGGGAGAGCGGUCCCGGUGGGCAGGGCAGGGCUCCCCGCGGGACCGGGGAUGGAUUCGGAGGAGGAAUCCUUCGUCCGGCUGCAGGACGAGGGCCUGCAGAGCCCCGAGCAGCUCCGGCAGGAGAUCGAGCGCUGCAAGGAGCUUUACAGUGCUCUGGAGAAAGACCUUGCAGAGCUACGAACGGCCAAGGAAGCUGCAGAGCAAAGGACACAAGAGCUGAAGAAAGAAGGAGAACUUCAUAAAAUUUUAGAGCAACAGCUGUCUUUAAAUGGAGAUGAAGAAAGAGCACACCAGAUUUUUGCAAUAAGGGAGGAGAACAGCAGACUGAGGAUGGAGAAGCAGGUUCUGAAAGAUAAACUGGAAGAAUUGAAGAAGAGGGUCCUCUGGAAUGAUCCUGUGAUGAUACUGUCUGCCCUGCCAGAAAAGAAAAUGAUAUUUAAGGGACUCCCAGCAAACAAGGAGGACAUGAACAAGCUGAUGCUCACCCCACUGAUCCACUCCCCUCUGCCAGGGGGCUCAGCUCUCAUCACCUUUGAGGAGGCAGAGGUGGCCCAGAGGAUCAUAGAGAAGGGGGAGCACACGGUGGAGCUGAACUGUGGGCAGCUGGAGGAGCUCGACCAGUGCAGAGUGCGAGUGCAGGCAGUGCCCAUGGACAUCCUGCUGCCAUCUGCCCUGGAGAUGAGGCUGACUCAGAGCAGCAGGAGCAUCCUUGUGUCUGACUUGCCCAGCCUGGACAUCCCCAAGGAGGCACUGCUGGACAAGCUGGAGCUCUUCUUCAGCAAGACAAAGAAUGGGGGCAGCGAGGUGGAGAGCAGGGAGUUCCUGGAGGACUCUGAGCAGGUGGUGCUGACCUUCACACAGGAUGGAGUGGCAGAGCCGCUAAUUGAAAGAGGACAUAUCCAGGUGCCCAUUGGGAAAGGGAAAUACAAAAUCAAAAUAUCACCAUGCAUGUGUGGAGACAUCUCCAACCUGCAGCUCCAGCCCUCCCGCUGCCCCAGGACCGUCCUGCUCCUGGGCAUCCCCGAUGUGCUGAGCGUGGAGUCCAUGAGAGACGCCCUGGAGAUCCACUUCCAGAAGGCCAGCCGCGGCGGCGGCGAGGUGGAUGCGCUCGCCUACGUCCCCGCGGGGCGUUCAGGGGUGGCCGUGUUCGUGGAGGACACUACGGGCUAGUCCUGGCUCAGCCCGAGGCUGAGGAGCUCCGUGCGUCCGUUGACCCGCGGGCACGGGAGAAAUUAAAAGUGUCUGU